UAGUCUCCCGAGAGCGUUUCAAAGAUGGCCGACAGACUUUGGUUCCGCCCAUCUGCAAUUAUAGUUAGAAACUGAAAGUGUUUUUCAGCUUUCACGAGCAGCUCGAAGUUACAUCACAGUACAACUGAAGAACAAAUUCAUAGAUCUCCUGCUUAUCUUUCUGUAAGUUUUAGGCUACACAUCAAAAAUGGAAGAAAAUUCUGAGGGUCCAAAAUCAAGUUUGAAUGUGGUGUUGCUGGGGAAAACAGGAGCUGGGAAGAGUGCAACCGGCAACACAAUCCUGGGACGAAAAGCUUUCAUAUCGAUGAAAUGCCCCACUUCUGUCACACAAGCUAUUACUGUUCAAUCUGGAACUGUCUGUGGAUUACCAGUCAGUGUUUAUGACACACCAGGAUUCUGUGACACUGAAAUGAGUGAAGAAAAGAUUCAGCAGAUAUAUCAGAGUGUGUUUCAGAAAUGUGAAUCAGGCCCUUGUGUGUUUCUGCUGGUCAUCAAAGCUGACAGAUUCACUAAAGAAGAGAAAGAAACCGUGGAGAAGCUUGAGAAGCUGUUGGGAGAAAACCGUCUGCAGAACACCUGGAUUCUCUUCACCAGAGGAGAUGAACUGGAAGAAGAAAACAUGACAAUAGAUGAUUUCAUUAAACAGACUGAACCCUUGAAGAAACAAAUUCAGAAAUAUGAGGGGAGAUACAUUGUGUUCAACAACAAGAAAAAAAAAAAAAGUGAACAAGUUAAAAUGCUGCUUACAAAAAUCCUCAAGACAUGUCUUAAAACAGUUGUAAAAGGAACAAGAAAACUGAAGCAGAUUACAGUGAAGAGACAUCAGCCAAAAAAUAUCACACAAGACACUCCUGCUGACAGUCUCUUAUCCAGAAGAAUUGUUCUUCUGGGUAAAAGUGGUUUUGGAAAGAGUGCAGCUGGAAACACAAUACUGGGACAGAAAGUGUUCAGGUCUGUGAUGAGCACAAGUUCAGUAACCACUAAAUGCUCAGAGAAUCAAGCCACUAUUUCAGACAGAAAUGUGUCUGUAGUCGAUACACCUGGAUUCUUUGAUACAGUCAUGAAUCCUGAUGAGUUAGUGAAAGAGAUAGCAAAUAGUGUUUAUUUAUACAGUCCUGGACCGCACGCUUUUCUCAUUGUGUUUCCUGUCAAUAUGAGGUUCACUGAGCAGGAACAACAGAUCGCUGAGCAGAUUGAGAUGCUGUUUGGAGAGGAAGUGUUAAAAUACUCCAUCAUUCUCUUCACUCAUGGAGAUCAGUUAGAAGAUAAGUCCAUAGAGAAACUCAUUGAGGAGAACAGUAAAUUAAGAUCUCUAGUUGAUCAGUGUGGAGGCAGAUAUCAUGUGUUUAAUAAUAAAGAUCAGAAUAACAGAGAUCAGGUGACUGAACUACUGCAGAAGAUUGACACAAUGAUAGAUCAGAAUGGAGGAGGACAUUACACUAAUCAGAUGUAUCAAGAUGCUCUGAGAUUUAAACAAGAGGAGGAAGAGAGGAGACAGAGAGAGGAAGAGGAGAGAAGACAACAACAGGAAACAGAAAGACAAGAUGAGACUGAGAGAGUGAAGAAGGAGACAGAGGAAAAGGUCAGAUCACAGUCUGAAACAAACAGUGGAUCUGAAAAAUUUUUUUCCAAGCAUCGACGUUGGUUUUAUAUAUUAGCCAUUGGAGCCGGCAUUAUAGUUGGUGGAGUCGUUGGUGGAGUAAUUGUUAUAGAAACUAUAUUUGUUGGAGCUGUUGGUGGAGCAGUUGUUGGUGGCGGACUUGUUGGUCUUUUUGGUCUGGCUGUUUGGUUAAUUUCCCACACCUGUGGCUUUUUAAAUUGCAAUUAGUGUCUCUGUAUAAAUAGUCAUUGAGUUUGUUAGCUCUCACGUGGAUGCACUGAGCAGGCUAGAUACUGAGCCAUGGGGAGCAGAAAAGAACUGUCAAAAGACCUGCGUAACAAGGUAAUGGAACUUUAUAAAGAUGGAAAAUGAUAUAAAAAGAUAUCCAAAGCCUUGAAAAUGCCAGUCAGUACUGUUCAAUCACUUAUUAAGAAGUGGAAAAUUCGGGGAUCUCUUGAUACCAAGCCAAGGUCAGGUAGACCAAGAAAGAUUUCAGCCACAACUGCCAGAAGAAUUGUUCGGGAUACAAAGAAAAACCCACAGGUAACCUCAGGAGAAAUACAGGCUGCUCUGGAAAAAGACGGUGUGGUUGUUUCAAGGAGCACAAUACGACAAUACUUGAACAAAAAUGAGCUGCAUGGUCGAGUUGCCAGAAAGAAGCCUUUACUGCGCCAAUGCCACAAAAAAGCCUGGUUACAAUAUGCCCGACAACACCUUGACACGCCUCACAGCUCCUGGUGCACUGUAAUUUGGAGUGACAAGACCAAAAUAGAGCUUUAUGGUCACAACCAUAAGUGCUAUGAUUGGAGAGGGGUCAACAAGGCCUAUAGUGAAAAGAAUACCAUCCCCACUGUGAAGCAUGGUGGUGGCUCACUGAUGUUUUGGGGGUGUGUGAGCUCUAAAGGCACGGGGAAUCUUGUGAAAAUUGAUGGCAAGAUGAAUGCAGCAUGUUGUCAGAAAAUACUGGCAGACAAUUUGCAUUCUUCUGCACGAAAGCUGCGCAUGGGACGCUCUAGGACUCUCCAGCAUGACAAUGACCCUAAGCACAAAGCCAAGUUGACCCUCCAGUGGUUGCAGCAGAAAAAGGUGAAGGUUCUGGAGUGGCCAUCACAGUCUCCUGAACUUAAUAUCAUCGAGCCACUCUGGGGAAAUCUCAAACAUGCGAUUUAUGCAAGAUGACCAAAGACUUUGCAUGACCUGGAGGCAUUUUGCCAAGAUGAAUGGGCAGCUAUACCACCUGCAAGAAUUUGGGGCCUCAUAGACAACUAUUACAAAAGACUGCACGCUGUCAUUGAUGCUAAAGGGGGCAGUACACAGUAUUAAGAACUAAGGGUAUGCAGACUUUUGAACAGGGGUCAUUUCAGUUUUUUCUUUGUUGCCAUGUUUUGUUUUAUGAUUGUGCCCUUCUGUUAUAACCUACAGUUGAAUAUGAAUCCCAUAAGAAAUAAAAGAUGUGUUUUGCCUGCU